AAGGCAGUUGGCAGCGCCGGUUAUUAAACCAGAAGUGAAGAGUUUUUUCUGGCUCCGGUCCCUCCUCUCCUCCCUUUGAUUUUUCUUUUUUUCUUUGCUGGCUCCCAUCAGGACACUUGUUCAACUUUGGGGGCUGCCGGACACUGCUUGCUAAAUCUGAAAGGAAACAAAGCACAGAACGUUUUUUUUUUAAAGAUAACUAGGUGAUCUUUAAGAGCGGCUCCGGGGAGCAAAUGCAAAAUGAGCAGCGGAGGACAGUGCAGAAGACGCAGAGGGCUCUCGGUCUGAGCCACGAGGAUUUGAAGAUGUCUGUGUGCAGUGACUUUGUGGAACACGUUUGGAAGCCCGGCUCCUGCAAAAACUGCUUCAACCCAAAGACUUUGCAUCAGCUGCAAACACCCCCAGACGUGGGAGCUUGUGGCGUGCUCCCGAAUGGAGUUAGGACCAAGCCCGAGAGCCCCGCGUUGGAAGACGAAGGUGUAAAUACUUCCCCCUUCUCAAAGCCAACAAUUGCUGUGAAGCCGACUAUGAUAAACUCAGAUGUUUCUGACACGUGGGCAGAUGUGAAUAUGAAUGCAGAUCUGUCACAGGUCAGCUGGGGCAUGGUUUCUGGCAAGCAGCUCCUUCUGAAAUCAGGAGAUGUGCAGCGGAUCUGCCUCGACAAUUUUGGCAACGGUGGUGUGAGAAAGCCCUUCCUUCACAACUCGCCCAGCGACUGCUUGUCUUGCUGUCCUCCUAGCUACUCCAUGGUGGGCCUGCGCAGCCUGGAGAGUCGAGUGGAGAGGAAUGUCUCCAUCCACAGUCUGGUGCUUGUGGGUGAGGUGGGCAAGCAGGAGGACAGAGCCAAAGACAAGUUUGUCCUGCCGCAUCGGGCCCCUUGCCCGAAUCCCUCCGCCUUGGGAGACAGAACCGCCAGCAGAAACCCUCCUUCCCAAACCAGAGAAGGAGCAGCGCUCCCCUCGGAAGGCGACUGUCGUCACCUCUCCUCCAGCUUUGAAAGUGAAGGGGGUGAGUACUGUUCAAUCACGGACUGCUGCAGAGGGCACCCUGUCUCGUGGGAGCCACGUUGCGCGGAGGGGAAGGGUGCCUGGUGCGAGAAGGAGAGCCCUGCUCCCUGCGGAUGGAGGCAGCGGGAUGCUCCCGAGAUUCCCAGGCCAAGUGGCAGGGCGGUCAAGUUCGGCGAAGAGGAGCGCAGAGCUGUGAACGUGACCUUCUGCAUCACAAAAGACCAAGGUGAUCCUCUUCCCUACGCCCUGUGUUCAGAGAGGAAAAAGCUGGCUCUCCACGCCGAGCCUGCUGCCCUCCCUGAGAGCAUGGGGAGCAGCAAGGCGGCUGCCUUUGCUUUGUCCCAGGAGGAUGAGGACUUGUCCGUCCCUGGGGAGCUCUCUGUCACCGGAGACCCCCGGCCUGAGGGUUUGAGCACCCCUCAGCAGGCUCUGGUGGAGCCACAGCGCCCUCGCCUCGCCGAGCCGGCCCGCGGUGAUCCCAUCUACGCCGAGAGCACCAAGAGGAAGAAGGCGCAGCUGAAGGCUGCCGGUGGAAAGGCAAAAGCGGAGAACCUGGCCCGCAGCACUGGCAAGGAGCAAGCUGAUGGGACGUGGAGGGAUGGCGGCUGGGUUUUGGGCGGUGAGAAGGAAUACCAGGACUCCACUGGCCAGGUGGCGGCUAAGAUAACUAUAAUGACGGCACACACCGAGGAUGAUCACAAGACAAUAUUUCUCAGCAGCCCUGACUCGGCGGUGGGAGUUCAGUGGCCAUGUAUCAGCCCCACUUCCCACCCCGAUUUUGGGACUUCGUCACCUGCCAUUGAGCCUGGAGAGAUUUUUCAAGCAUCUGGAAGUGAAAACAGCCCGAGAUUUCAUCUAGCAGCUCCUGCCAAGACCUCGGUUACUGAGAGUCCAGCCAUUCCCCCAAAGAUGUCCAAAAACAGCCAGCCGGGCAGCGAGGGGAACCGUAUGCCCCCAGUAAGCUCCCAUGUGUCAAGGUUUGGUGAUGACAACAGCCACGAUGGAGCUGGUGUUCAGCUGCUGCCGAGGAGCUUUACUGAUACAGGUGCCUUUGGGGCAUCCCCUUCUCUGUGCACUCAUGUCAACGGGGUCUCUGUGGAGGAGUCCAGCAGAGGCCUGGCAGGCUCAUCCUAUGACAGGAGGCAGAAAUACUACACCCCAACGUGGACCAAGCAGUGCCGGAUAGAGGAGGAGGAGGAGCAGGAGGAGGAGCAGGAGCUCUUAACCCACCCCUGGGCAGUGGGAGCUGAGAACGGGAGAGCGGGUGCUGACCUAGUGGAUGACGGCCCGAUGCUGGAGAGCCAGACUGGGAUCAGCAAAUCAUCGUCUUUCUCCUUUGAUUUUCCUAAAGUCAAGAGUAAUGGCGUGGAGUUUGCACCACCGCCACCACCGCCACCGAAAAAGCAGUCCAGGCACGCUCUGAAAAUGAACCCAAACAGCGCUGAGUUGGAGAGGGUCAGCAACAGCUCUGCCGAGAGCCUCAGCCCACCUUUCAGGAGCGUCCACGUCAGCUUCACGGCUGGCUCCACCGACAGCCUCGACUCGGACACACAGACCGGCAGUGAUGGUGGGCGCUCCUCCGAGCCGAACCACUCGCCCCCUCCAGCUGAGAGCCAAGUAUUUCCCCCUGUCCCUUUCCUUCCUGCCUCUGGUGAGGAUGGCCCCUCCUCUGCCCCCAGCUGCCCACCCCCUCUGCCCCAGAAGAAAACAGUGAGCAGAACGGUGUCCUCCCCAGAUGGCUUUUUUGGGGGACCGGCGUCUUCAGGCAGAGCAGCCGGUGCUGCCAGCCCCAGGCUGAACGUCAGCCACUCCGAGAGCAAUGUCUGCCUCCGAGAGGAGCCUCCCUUCAUCCACCCGGCCAGCCUGGGGGGCCGCCCGGGUGCCUUCUCCUCCUCCGAGUCCCUGGAGAAAGGCUCCAAAGGAAACAGCUACUGGGGCUCAGCCACUGGUAAGAGCACAGGGGCUUGCAUCCCCAGCAGAAACCUCCAGUCCCUCUCCUCCUCGCAGCUCAGUGUGUCCAGCCAGGUGUCAUCGGGCUCCAGUCUCCAGCUCCACAACCUCCUGAGCAACAUCGACAGCAAAGAGGGGGUGUACGCCAAGCUGGGGGCCCUCUAUGCUGAGUCCUUGCGCCGCCUGGUCGCCAAAUGUGAGGACUGCUUCAUGCGGGAGCAGAAGAAUGAGCUGCACUUCAGCGAGAACAACUGGUCUCUCUUCAAGCUGGCAUGCAACAAGCCCUGUUGUGAUUCAGGGGAUGCAAUAUAUUACUGUGCCACUUGCUCCAAGGACCCUUCUACCACCUACGCUGUGAAGAUUUGUAAAACCCAGGAGUCCAAGGCGGCUGCUUCGUACUGCAGCCCUGCAGUGCCAGUCCACUUCAACAUCCAGCAGGACUGUGGGCAUUUUGUGGCCUCUGUCCCCUCCAGCAUGCUGCUGGCCUCAGAUGUGGGGAAAAGCAUGCCCGGGGGUGGCAUCCAUCCCUCCCGCACUGCCAGCGAGCACGACUGUGUGGUGGUCAUUACCCGGGAGGUGCCGAGCCAGACCACUGCCGACUUCGUGAGGGACUCGGUGGUGUUGCACCAAGCCAAGCCUGAGCUCUAUGAACGUCAUGUUUGCUUCUUGCUCCUCCAGCUCUGCAAUGGCCUGGAGCAUCUCAAAGAGCACGGCAUCAUCCAUCGUGACCUGUGCCUCGAGAAUCUCCUGCUUGUCCCCUGCAAGCCCCCCAUGAGCUGUGUGAAAGCCAAAGAUGACAAACACUUACCCCGCCUCAUCAUCAGCAAUUUUUUGAAAGCCAAACAGAAGCCAGGAACUGGAGACUCCAAACUGAAGAAGAGUCAGGCCCGGCUGGCCCCGGAGAUUGUGUCAGCUUCUCAGUACAAGAAGUUUGACGAGUUUCAGACUGGUAUUCUCAUCUACGAGCUGCUGCACCAGCCCAACCCCUUUGAGGAGAAGGUGCACCUCAGGGAGCAGGAGUACAGCCCUGAGGACCUCCCUGCUCUGCCCAGCCUCUCCAUCUACUCCCGGGGGCUCCAGCAGCUGGCCCACUUGCUGCUGGAGGCGGAUCCCAUCAAGCGUGUGCGGAUCACCGAGGCCAAGAGGAUGCUGCAGUGUCUGCUCUGGGGGCCCCGGAAAGACCUCACCGAGCAGCCCCUCAGCCACGAGGAAGCCCUCCGCCGGGUGCUUCAGAACUGGGUGGACAUGAAGCGUGCCCUGCUCAUGAUGAAGUUCGCGGAGCGGGCUGUGGACACGGAGCGAAGCAUUGAACUGGAGGACUGGCUGUGCUGCCAGUACUUAGCGUCUGCUGAGCCGGCCUCCCUCUCCCACACAUUAAAACUGCUGCAGCUGCUCUGACCCACGGAUGUGUCUCGGAGGCAGCUGAGGGCUCCCGGUUGCCUUGCGGCUAAAGGUACACGGCCCCUUUGUACGUGGGAGGCUUGAAUCUCAGCUGCGACUGCACAUUCAGCUCCUGCCCUGCACUCUGCCCAGAGUGCACAAGGCAUGUUUAGUACCCUCAGCACUGUUAGUUUGCAAGCAGGCAAAACUGGGAACCUACCCCUAUUUUGGGGGGAUUUUUUUUUUUUUUUUUUUUUUUUGGUAUGGUAAGUCUGUGGACUAAUAAACUCCUGCCUGCGUGUGUGCAUGUUUCUAAUGAACUUAGUGUGCUUGAGUUGAUUUUUGCAUUUGUGGGACAGUCUUUUGAUCCCCAGCCCCCUAAAGCAUCACAGCCUUUUUGCCUGGGAACACCACCGCUCUCCAGAGGGUUGAAGGGUUGCCUGCUUCUCCUGGGGAGCAACAGCAAUUCACGUAAUGCUCCUUUGCAAGGGAGAACCAGGAGCGGCUUUUAAAUUCACAUACUUUGUGGGUCUUGGCAUCCAUUUUACUUCUUAGUUUAAAAACAACAAUUAUGGCUUGUUUCUGCAUAUCAGAUGUAUUUUCCACUGUGGGCAAUUCAGUAUCAGCUGCCUGUUACCUUUGUUAGAUACUAAUACAGCAUGACUUUCCUGUCUAGUGGUGCAGCCACCCAGGCUGUUGAUUGUAAAAGGGUGAGAGAGAGCCCAGGAUGGGUCUGUUCAUGAGGAUGAUGCUUCGUGCUGGGAAUUACCCCUUGUAAAGUUAAUGAAAUGGAAAAUCCCCAAUUCACCUCCAUGGCCUUGGGGGGGAAGUCAGGGCCAGGUUGCUUUGCUUUCCCCAUCCCUCCAGCUCCCUCCCUUCACCUGGUAUUUCACCUGUCCCUCAUGUCUAACAUUUAUUUAACCCUUUUAUUGAGAGAUAAGCCAUCAAGUGAAAGGCCAGGGCCACUGGCCUGUAGUCUGGGAGGGUCUUAUUGCUGCUGGUGUUUGAAUUAGAAAUGCAUAGCGCUGCGUGCACUGUGAACAAGCUCCUCCAACAGACAACAAAUGCAUGAUGCAAUAAAAGCACGAUGGAGGAGGGAGAAGCUGGCUUGGCUCCCUCCAGCCCCUUUCCCUCCAUCCAGAUGCAUAUCAGCCACUCAGCUCGGAAGAGAAAAACCUUGCUCAGAAAAACCGGUUUUCCAAAAGGUUGCGUGCUGCUUUUGCUCUUCCACCCCAACGUGAGGCAGAGGUGAGCAGCUGUGCUUCUGGCGCCGGUUCUGCAGCCCUUGGAGAAGGGGGAGGUUUGGGACACACGGAGAGGGCCUAGUGUCAGGUUGGCGGAGACAGACUAGUUGAGCUACACCCCUCCCAGCUCAAAACAGGGAGAAAUUCAUGACCACUUUCCUCCAGGCUUGCUUCACCUCCAGAUCCAGCCUGCUUUCUUGGGGGAAUAUUAAUUCCCCAGGUUUUGUGACAUUUCAUAUACUUUGUGUGAAUCUCUUCCAGGCUUCUCACCUGCAUUUUUUUUUUUUUUUUAAUCUGUUUGGCUAUGGUUGCUGCUGAUGGGAGGGGACGGUUCCUUGGCUGGGCACCCAUUUGCAAUGAAUUUCCCCUCAUCCCCUUAGGGAAGAGGCCGUGCAGGUCCCUGCCUGCUGAAAGAAUGUGGGAUGGCUUCAACUGUGGCCGUUGGGGAUUUUUUUUUUAUACACUGGCUUUCUUGUGUCUGACUCUUGAGUCCACUUCCCUCCAACAUAGGUGGCGGGAACCUUCUGGCUUGGGAACCACGGUCCCACGGACCAUCCUGUACACAUUUCCCUGGAAAGUCUGGCCCUGGCUUGCUGCAUGUGGUCUCAUGUGGGCCAGCAGAGUGAUGAAACAGCUGGAGAACCUGCCUGAGGGAGCCCAGCAUGUUUUUCAGAGAUAAGAUGAAGAGAUGACUCAGUUUCUAAGCAUGGAUAUAGGGAGUAAGUUGGAGGCAGCUCUGCAGGACAGCAUUGAAGGAGAUAGGGCCUGGCCAUGACAAAUCCAAGCUGUGCUGGCAACAGGGAGAUUAUAUGUGGGGCAACUGGCUUGCAAGGCUUGGGCUGGGUAAUCAGAAGGACUCGAGAAGCAGCCAAACAUCCAACCAACCCCCGUAAAACAAGGCUGGAUCCAUUUUGCAUGCUGAGUUUCAGUUCAGUGACAAACACUGAUACAGGUAUUGGCACAGGGCCUGCACAGCAUGGGAUGUUAACCUGAUCAGAAUGCUUUCCCUUGAGUCUGGGCACUUGAGACUGGUUCUGGUGUUGGUCCUGGUACCUUGCAGCAGCACACCCAGCAGACCAAAGGCCAACAAUAGUAUUAUAGCAUUUUCAGCUGUAUUAUUUUGAGAUUUGGUGGGUGGCUUAUUGCUCUCAUACAAAAAGAAACUCAGCUCCGUGCUUUCCUGAUACCUUCCCCUAGGGUAGCUCAUGCUUCUUCGCCAGCCUAAACAGUCCUAGGCCAAUGCAUGAACUGGAGAAGUGCAUUAGGGUUUCUGCUGUGGGGAAAGCAACACCUAAGCCUCGGUUGAAUGCCAUAGCUGAGUCCAAGGACUUUGCUGGCUUUCCUCCCCUUUCCUGUGCUGUCCUCAGCACAGCAAUGGGUAGUAGCCCCCCUCUUCCUAGCACGUAUGCUUGCUCCAAUGCCCAGGAUCCUCUGCAAGAAUGGUGGAGGGGAUGGAUCAUCCCUCUUCCCUGUGUGGCAGGGGACACAGCUGAUGCCACACCCUGGGGGUCAAGCAUGUCACCCACUUGGUGAGGAGUGGGUAUUGCAGGAGGCAUCUAUUUGGGAACACAGUUUGGGGUCCACAUGCCGCAGGGCAAUGCUGAGGAGCAAUUGCUGGAGGAGCACCACAGACUCUUGGUAGUAAUGCAUCUUGGUAGUACUGCUGGGUGGGGAAAGGGGUGUUUCUUGUGCUGCCCCCAGACAGACUGCCAGACCCUUUCCCUGUGCCCAGGCUCCCAGUGGUCUGCCCGCACAAGAAAUGUGGCAAGGCAGCUCUCUGCCAGUGCCUGCUAUCGCUAUGGAGGACAGAUUACCAGGAGCUGGACAUAGUUGCCAACUGGUGCAUUUGUAGCACAGAUGACUUUGGUGGGGAGCUUGUGUGCUUCCUGUGUGAGAUAAGGCUGAGACCCAAAUCCGCAAGACAAACACUGGGCAGGCAGUGCUGCGAGAAGCCCUCUUGCCCAGUGGUCUGGUGACCUUGCCUCCCUGCUUCAGAGCAUCCCUCAAAGAAGGUGGAUAUCCCAGGAGUAAAAGCCAGCCUGGUUCUCCAGAGAUGCUGUUAGAUGAGUUUGCUUGGCCAAUAGCACUUCUCACCAUGCAUGAUCACAUGUGCAGGGACGUGCCCCACCGGCCAUACAGGUUAGCCCAGGACAGGCUCAGUU